UAGAGGUUUGCCCUUUAACUUGUAGCUACUGGAUAUAUGUGCUGGGUACUUUCACUUACAUUUCAGGUACCGCUCACUGCCAUACAUUAAAAUACAGAAAAUGCUCUUGGUCAAAACUGAAGUCUGUUGUUUUUGGAUGGUAUUAUGUUAUACCUCUUUUGCUUCAAUGGGUAACAAACAUUGCCAUGACUCCUGUAACACAUCCACCCUCCAGGCUCCACUAGGCUCUGCGUUGCUCCUGUCAUGCAGCUUUGGGUCCACCUCUCUGGGCAUUAGCCCUGGCCAUGGCUGGGUGGUGUGGAACCAGGGCUCUGGUUCUGGUGCCAGCCUGGUCAACAUCACGUUCUCUGGGAAGGUGGACUUUCUGGACCCCAGGCAGGGCAGAGUGAAGGCUUUCCCCAAUCAUGGAGGUCUGAGGAACUUCUCCAUCCUAAUCGAUGCCCUUCAGGCCUCAGACCUGGGCUCCUACUGCUGUGAGCUACAGAGUCAUGACCAGUGCCGUCGAGUGGAAGUUGAGGAACUUGAAGAAGGUUCACACAUCGUGUUGUUUUUCAGCGUCGGCAGUUUGGCCAUCCUCCUAGUGCUCCUAAGUGGCUGUUUCUGCUGGGUGAAAUGGACACGAGUUUCUACUGAAAGAACACCAGACUAUAUCAACACCCAUUUCUGUGCAGAAAACAAUGAACAUGAUCCAACCAGAAUGCAGCAUGAUCCGACCAGAAUUCACCAUGAUCCGACCACAAUUCUGCAUGAUCCGACCACAAUUCAGCACGAUCCGUCCAGAAUUCAGCAUGAUCCCACCAGAAUUCAGCAUGAUCCAACCAGAAUUCAGCAUGAUCCAACCAGAAUUCAACAUGAAGCACAAAGAAACCAGCACGAACCAGUUAGAUACAAAAAUAAAUUGAGAGAUUCGAGUGAGAACAGAAGACAGGGGUUUCAUGGAGAACUCAUGAGCAGAUUGCGCCAAUCGAGUCUCGGACAACGUUACUAUGCAAACCAAGCCGAGAGCAACCAGCAAACCAGAGUUCAGAUGGACAACCACCAAAGAGCAAACGAAGCAAAGACCAACCAGGAUGGCAGAUCCCAAAUGGACAACAGCCAAAGAGAUGUCCUACACACUAUGCUUUACAGUAAUCUCUGAAACAAAUCAAUAUGCACUCUAGCAUUUUGUUAUUAAAGCCUUGUCUCCUCAUUGCAGAAAGCUUUUGGAGAAAGAAACCCAAAGAGUGUAAGUUGCUUUUUUUUACACACAACAUACUGUAUAAUCAUAAUAAUUUAUAUUAAGACCUCUCUCUCCCAGAAUGUGAAUAUGAAAACCCAAUCUAUAACAGUGUAGUCAAACUCCACAAACUAUAGACGGGAUGAAGAGGAUACUGGGUCUCAACUCCUUGCUCUCAAUUUUGUUUAGGUUGUAUUUUAUUUUUGUUGUUGUUAAUAAAGUACAUUACAUUGUCUUGGAAGUGAAACAAAUAUGAAAUAAAGUUAAAUCAUUUUUAAA